AUGCACGGCUACAGUUCAUCAGAAGAGUCCGACGACCCUCGUCGGCCUCGCGCCCAACCCGCUGGCAACAAUAACAACAACGACAAGACAAAGAAGAAGAAGAAGAAGCUUCCACCCCAAAAGUCCAUCAACCAGAUUUGGAAGAAGUUCUCCAAGCGCAAGUUCCACAAGGCCCUCGCCGUCCUACCAUUCGACCCUGUGCAACCUCCCGCUACCUACCACUCCAAUGAGAUUCUAUCGGCCGGUUACGAGCGAGCGGCUGAGGAGUGUCGACGAAAAGUCGAAAAGAUCAUUAAAGAAUGCAAGCGAGUGAAUAUGCGAUACAGAGACCCCGGUUGGGACUUGGACUGGGAUCUUAAGUACGAAAAGGGCCAUUGUUUGAACAACCUUGGAACACAAAAGUUCGAGCUCAACAGGACGACAUUGCUCAGCUCCAAGGCCGCUGUUCCCAAGGCUGUCAAGCGAGUUCAUGAAAUUUUCGAGAAGCCGACUUUCAUGAAAGAAGUUAGCGGUGGUGACGUCAAGCAGGGAAGCUUAGGCGACUGCUGGAUCAUGGCUGGCCUAACAGCUCUAGCCAGCGUACCAGAAGGCCUACAGCGGAUCUGCGUUGCGUAUGACACAAAGAUCGGCAUUUAUGGUUUUGUCUUCUUCCGUGACGGCGAAUGGAUUUACUCCAUCAUUGACGACAAACUUUAUCUCAAGUCACCAUGCUGGGACUCCCCUAGCAUGCAGAGAGAUCUUCUGCAGCAAAUCGAUCGAGAAGACAACGAAUACGUCUAUCGCAAGACUUAUCAGACUGGCUCCAAGGCUCUUUUCUUUGCCCAGUGCAGAGACCAGAAUGAGACUUGGGUCCCCCUCUUCGAGAAGGCCUACGCCAAGGCUCAUGGUGACUAUGCGUCAUUGGCUGGUGGCUGGAUCGGCGAGGGUGUUGAAGAUCUCUCUGGCGGUGUGACCACCGAGCUUCUGACGUCUGAUAUCCUCGACAUUGACGAAUUCUGGGACAAGGAGAUGUCACGAGUCAACGACGAGUUUCUCUUUGGUGCCUCCACUGGUCUGCUCGAGCAUGGCUACGGUGAACGUAAUGGUAUCUCUGAGGGCCACGCCUACGUCGUUCUCGACGCCCGCACCCUCAAGUCCGGCCAACGUCUAGUCAAGCUCCGUAACCCUUGGGGCAAGGUCCGCAAGGGUAUCUGGGAGGGAGCUUGGAGUGAUGGCUCCAAGGAGUGGACUGCUGAGGUACAGGAGGAGAUCGACCACAAGUUUGGCAGCGACUCAGUCUUCUGGAUCUCCUACGAGGAUCUCAUCCGCAAGUACUCUCACUUUGACCGUACUCGCCUCUUCCGCGAUCGCGAUUGGCGAUGUUGCCAGCGAUGGAUCGGCGUUGAUGUUCCUUGGAAGGCAGCGUACCACGAGAAGUUUCACAUCAAGGUAACACAAGAUACUCCCCUUGUCUUGGUCCUGUCGCAACUUGAUGGACGAUACUUCAAGGGUCUCCACGGCCAGUACUCCUUCCGCAUUCACUUCCGACUCCACUACGAGGAUAGUCCCAAUGCUGAGGACUACAUCGUUCGAUCCCAUGGUAACUACCUGAUGGAGCGCUCGGUCUCUGUUGAGCUGCCCGAUCUUGCUGCUGGCAACUAUGUCGUCUACCUCAAGGUAACUGGUGAGCGUGACUCAAACGCUCAGUCCGUUGAGCAAGUUGUUAAGCGCGAGGCUGCUCAGAGAGUCGAGAAUGAGAAGCUUGCUCAGGUUGGUUACGCCUACGAUCUUGCUCACAGCAAGGCUUGGGAUCACAUGGAUAAGGUCACCAAGUUGCGCAUGAAGCAGGAUCAGAAGAAGGCCUCUGCUUGCCGUCAGAAGGAGCGACGCCGAAUGUGGGAGAAGCGUGCUACCAACCGAGAUGUCUCCAAGCAGCAGACCAAGAAGAACUCUGAGAAGCGAAAGCGUCGUCGCGCUGAGUGGGAAGCUGAGCAGACUCGUCUGGACGAGGAGUUCAACGCCAAGGUCAAGGCUGAGCGAGAGCAGAUGAAGAAGGAGAGACUUGCCAAGGCCGAGGCCGAGAAGGCCGCUGAAGCUGAGAAGAAGGCUCAGGAGGCUGAUGAUGAAGCUUUGAGUAAGAAGACAGAAGAGAUCAAGCUGUCGAACGACAAGGAGGAGACUGUUGACGAUGGUGUCAUUUCAUGCUCGACCGGAUCUCCUCACUUCACCCCCAAGAGUGUCGACUUGACAACAGCUGAUGCUGCUCAAGAGAAGCAAGAGGUGCCACCUGUCAGCGGAGCCCCUCCCGCCGCUGUUGAGCAGGAGGAGGCUCUUCCUACUCGUGCCCGACCUGCUUAUGACUCUGCUGGUGAGUCUUCCGACUCUCCUGUUGAGGACUGGGAGGCCCUAUACAGCAGUGACGACAUGGCCCGCAAGCCUCGUCUGACACAAGCCAACGCCGCUGCUGCUCAGGACGAGUACGAUUCUGAGGAGGAGAAGAUGCCCGAGCCUUGGAAUGCCAUCUGCAUUGUUGGUGUUCGCGUCUACUCCAAGGAUGAGAACCUUGAGCUUCGGACUGUCAUGGAGGGUGGUGAGCUUCUGGAGGGAGGCAUGGGUUCUAAGGGAGCCGCUGAUCUCGACAACGCUCAGUCCAACGCUGGAGGUGGCCGCGUCGUGGACAGGAAGUCUUCCGAGACCAAGCCUGAUCAGGACAGCAAGGUUUCAACGCCUACCAUUCGCAAGGAUGAUAGAUACAUGGAAGAUGACGGCACGUCCGGGGAGAAGUACUCUUCUAUCAAGAGUUACUUCCACAUUGACUCUGCCUUUACGACCAGGGUCAAUUCCCCAGCACCAACACCGUAUGAGCACGACCGUCGACUGGAGUUUACUCCUUCCAGCCGAUAA